GUUAUUGUCAUUUGUUUGUGGUUCUGGUUCGUGCAUUGCAUUCAUGUUUGUGAUUUGUGAUUUUGUUUUGGGAACUGUGGGAUUGAUGAACUAUUAGCUAGUUCUUUGUUUAUUAGCCUUGCCAUUUAUUAUAAUAUAUCCUUGUUGUGUUAUGGUGAUCUAAAUUAUUCUUCGAAAACAACAAUUCGUUGGGUUAUUGAAUUUGUAACAGAGUUUUCUUUCCUUCCAGAAAUGCUAGAAGUGACGUGUAACGACAGGUUAGGGAAGAAAGUGAGGGUAAAAUGCAAUCCCGACGACACUGUUGGCGACCUGAAGAAGCUUAUUGCUGCCCAAACUGGCACCAGAUAUGACAAGAUAGUCUUGAAGAAAUGGUACACCAUUUUCAAAGACCACAUCAAGCUAUCAGAUUAUGAAAUUCAUGAUGGAAUGAACUUGGAGCUGUACUACCAGUAAACAGUGACGGCAGAUUAUAUUUAAGAGUUUUUUUAUUAAUCGUAUAACUAACAUCUUAUGUAAGUCAAGAAUAAAUAUUAAUUCUUUGCAAAGCACUUA